UGGGGCUUCGAAUUCUCUCUCUCAACCCAGAAAUUCCAAAUCUGUUCUGCUCUUUCUCCCUCUGUCCGCUGGCCUCUGCUGUGUGAGGUUGAGUUCGGUUUUUGGUAGCUCGUGAGUCCCCUGCAGAAUUGCCGCCGACUUCUUCCCUUCGCUAGGUCCGGUUUUGCAGCUGGCUGGAAAUUCUGGUCUUGAUUUGAGUCAAGGGUACCACAUAAUCACGACAAUAACCUUCGAGUUUAGUUACUUGUGUUGAGGCAUGAAGUUAUCUCCUGCUUCCCAAAUGGCCAUUGGGGAGGCCAUGUAUCUUGAGAUUGAUUUCCUUGUGAUAGUUGUGGUUGAUAUCAGGGUGGCGCAGCGGAAGCGUAGUUAGGCCAUGUUCUGUUCAUGGAUGGUUGGUAGAAUCUUUGUUUUGUCUUGGAUUGUGUGAAGCUAUUCACCAAUCGAAAUGAUCCUCAAUUUGAGUUUUGGAGACAAAACUCCUUUUUAGGAUGGGUGAAUGUAAUAUCCUAAAUUUUUGGGAAUUUUAUAAAUUAAGUUAGGGGAC